CCUCUUUGUAGAUGGGUAUUUUCAAACUGAAUUAUGUUAAAGACAAAUGGCUAGCACAAUUGAAAGGAAUACUUUAUUAGCAUCAUUUGAUGAAAAUUAAUCUCAUAGACGAUUGCACAUAUUAUAAGUAUCUAUCAUAUUACAAAUUUAUCGUUGAUUAAUUUUUUCAAAAUAAUCUAUUGGUAUUGCUGACGAAAAUAUUUCGCAUUUACUUAAUAGUUCACUUGAUGAUCUUGUUCGUGUUAUUGAUAAGUUAUUUAGUUAUGGUCAAUCGUUAAUUCAUUUGCCGCAAUAAUUAAUCUUUAAGACUCCAUUCCCUCAAAAAAAAAUGUGAAAUUUCGUUAUGUUACUUGAAACUUGAGAUAUUAUCUGUAAAUAAGUUUGUUUCAACCAGAUAAAAAUUUAGUAAUGAGAAAAUAGUUUAUUAGAAAAAGAUGUUUUAUCAUAUAUACAGUAACACUCAAAAUUAUAGGUUCACCCUUCUGUAAGAAUUCGUUUGAUCAAGAUUAAUAUUUAACUUGAAUAUGAAAAACAGUUUCAUCAAAAAUCGUUUGCUAUUAUUAGACUAUCGACUUCAAGUCGGCAUUAAAAAGCCAAAUUCAUCCAAUAACAGCUAAGGUCAAUAUAGAAACAAAGCAUUUUCUUGACAAAAUACACUCAAUACAGUCGUCGAAUAUUUUAAUAAAGCGAACACGACGAUUAUUGUUUCCAUUUGUCUAUAUAUAUGCUGCUGUCAAAAAGAAAAAUAGCAACGACAUUAUCAGAGAAAAAAUAUGUCAGAUUAUCUAACAACUUUACCUGUAGAAUUAGUUUAUAAAAUUCUCGAGAAUGUUCCAUUAGUUGAUAUUCUCUUAUUUGUAUGUUUGGUCAACAAACGUCUUCGUUCGAUUUCUCUAACUUCUCCUCGCUCUCAAUUGGACUUUAGUUGUAUGAAUAAAUCUAUGAAAAAAAGCCAAUUUGACUCGAUCUGUACUCAAAUAUUAUAUUCGACAUCUCAAAUUGAAUCUUUGAUACUUUUCGACAAAAACGAUCUGACGGCAUCAAUGAUAAAUAAUCUUUUCUUCUCUCGAUUCAACAUCAUUAAUAAAACAUUUUCAAAUCUUCGUUCGUUGACAUUGACAUAUAUAGAAUAUGAUACAUGGUGCUUAUUCAAAAGUCAACUUCCACCAUUCAUUACGAUGUUAUCUAUUUAUUUAUCCUUUUCUAAUAUUUCUGAAAAUAAACCGACUCCAUCUAUUGUUUUGAGCGAACUACUUUUCCUUUCGUCAUUACUUCAACGUCUCUCUGUCAAAAUGAUUCAUCACAUUAAUGAGAAUGAUUUACAAAUUCGUCCUCCAAAUUCAUCGAUAUUAUCUUCUGUUCAAUAUUUGUGUAUAGAAUCGAUAGAAAUCGAUCUAUUGAAUCUUAUUACAGUUACACCAAUGCUUCAUACUCUUGAAUGCAAAAUUCAAAAUCGAAGUGGGAUAUUACAUAAUAUUUAUCCUCGUCCAAUGUAUUUACAACAACUGAGAAUCGAUCUGCACUCAUACACUUAGAUACAGAUAGCAGCUUUACUCUGGUCGUAUCCACAACUUGUUUAUUUAGUUAUAAUUGCUGAUGAUGUCAAUAAUGAUAUGGCUGAUGGUUUUGCUUGGGAACUAUUAUUGAAAAAGAUAAAACAUUUCGAAUUUAAAUUUGAAUUCUCGGAGUAUGCCUCCAGAGAACAACCACUCGGUCUCGAUUCAUUUCGUACAAAAUUUUGGCUUGAAGAGAAAAAAUGGUUUGUUACAUAUGAUCGAUGUUCGAAUCCUAAUGAUUAUUCAGUACUCUAUUCAAAUUGUUCUUCGAUUAUUGUUAAUCCACCACAUGAAAUAUUUGGAACUCUAAUAUCAGAAACAACUGCAUCAGUACCAUUAUCAUUUUUCCAUGUUCAUCGAUUAGCAAUUAAUGAUGAGUAUCUGAAAUAUCCGUUUCUAUACAGUCAACCUUACAUCUUAUCUUCAAAUGAUAUCGAUGCACUUUGUCGUUCAUUUCCUCAUAUCGAACAACUCGACAUUGAUUCAACAUAUAUAACUGAUCUAGCACAACUUCUCAAUAGAAUGAAAAUGACAUUAACAUAUAUAAUGAUUAGACAACAAUACAUUGUCAAUGAUGAACAAUUGAUAACACGUCAGUGGAUCGAACAAAAUACUGAAUUGAGAAAUUUUCACUACAAAUGCACACGUGGUUUUUAUACUUAUGUUAGAUUGUGGUUUUGA